GCUACAUUACUAUGGAAACUUGGCGAAGCCUCCGAAGCUGAAGACCCGAUGUAUGGCGCAUAAUCUUCAAAUUUUCAGCAAGUAGAUAGUCAAAUACUGUGGACUGAGCUAGCUAAGACGUAUAUUUUGUCAGUAAGAAGAGGUGCUUGAACUUUCAUCAUGGCGACCGAAGAGGACCAACAGAAACAACGUCCUCCCGAGCAUGUAAACAUCACGAUCUUGAGAGCACGGAAUUUGAAAGGAAGCAAAGGGGACACCCUCAACUCUCUGGUCCGUGUGGAGUAUGGCACCAACGUCUUGGGAGAAUCUGCCAAAGUGGACGCAGGGUCAGACCAGUCAACCGAGUAUAAUUUCAACGCCAAGUUUGACUGUAGCUUCGAUGACCCUGCCAUCAUAGAUGAAAUUGCUUACAAACCGGUUGUGGUGACUUUUGUGGAAGUGCUUCAAGAAAAGAAACAGAAAGAAGAGAAGACGUAUCUUCUGGGUCAAUGUACUAUUGACCUCUUGCCUCUGGUCAAAGGAGAGACGAGGUAUAAGAGCACCCUACAGAUCCAUCCCCUGCAAGGCUCACCCCUGGAGAGCGUAGGGGCUGAUGCCCAGAGGCCUGAGAUGGAUGUAGUGGUGUACGUCAAUGACCCACUGCUGACUGAAGACCAGCUGAAGAGUGGCAACCUGAUCACCAUCACGGCGGAGACUCUUUACUCCGUCCCUGAAUCAUGGAAUCCCACAGGAACACAGUACAUGUACAAUGUGACCCUCCCUUUCCCACUCACAGAAGAGAGAGAGUCUGUGGUGGUAAUGUCCAAUGGUGUCCUCAAAGCAGCUAACGAUAAGGAAAUACCGUCCAAACAGAAAAAGUGGCCUGUCCCGGGCGGAGCUACCGGUGGCGCUAUCUACAUUCCAGACAAAUUUGUACAACCAAGCGGUGAAGAGCAAGAAGAUGGGGAGCUGACAAGCAAAGAGGAUCGGGAGUUCAGGACAGAGGCAGAGAAUGAAAAGAACAGAGUAUACUGGAACUGCGAAAGAAGGGCUUUCUUGGAUCCGUCAGCCGUACAGAGCUUGCAGACUAAGAUAGCCAAGACAAGAUUCUGGCCUGUGGAGAUCAUGAGGAUGCCUAUGCCUUCAGCUGCUAAAACAAAGGGAAAGGAGGAUGAUAAUUCCAUAUUCUUCCACGGAGUGGCUUUCAUCAACUUGGCACCGCUGCUUUACCCAGGAGUGAAAAAGAUUCGAGGAGCGUACAGGGUUCAUGCUUUCACAGAGCAAGAGGUCAUGGAAAAGUGCAAAAGGAAGGGUGGUUUAGCCGAUGAGGCUGCUCGCAUUGCAACCAGCAUGCUCAGGAACGCAUCACCCUUCCCCAAGGGAGGAGGGAAAGGGGGCAAAGAGGAGAAAGGAGCCAAAGACAAAGAUAAAGAAAAGGACAAGGAUGCUGCUACAAAGAAGCAACCCUCCCAGAUGCAGAAGCUUGGUGCCCCAGGGACGGAGGGGGCAUCGGAUCCAGACGCCCCGCCCCCACAGAACAUAGAGGGCAUGCAGUAUGAUGAGGCACGCACCUACAUCAUUGUGGAGUUUGAGCUGGAGUCACCCAUUGUUCCAAAGAGGGCCCCUGAAGAGUUGGCAAAGAGAGUUGCUGAGAUUGUUCCCCCAAGGCCUCUCUUCCCCCGGAGGACCAACGGAGCACAGAAGGCUGUGGAAGACUUCCAUCAACAGGUGGCCGGCAUCAGCAAGCUUGUACUGGAAGAAUUCAGAGGAUUGUUUGGAGAUCUAGGUGAUCUGAGCAAGAGCAGCGGUGAGGCUCAGGAUGAAAGAAGAAGGAAACUAAUCUAUGAGCUCAACACUACCGGAAAAUACUUUGCAUUCAAGGAACAAUUAAAGCAUUCUGUGGUGAAGAUUGUGAGAGAGAAGUACUUACACACAAGUACUUUUGAAGACAAAGAGGAAUUACAGGCAUUCCUGAGUGAGCUCUACGUCUUCCUGGUGGACCAGAUGCAUGUUGGGGUCGGGAAGGUGCUAUCGCUGGAGGACGAGACCCCUGUCCCCGCCCCUCUCACCGACUCCGCCCAGCUCAAGCACUUUGCCAGAGAGGCAGAGGUCAAUGAGAACUUUGAACUGGCAUCAAAAUAUUAUCAGGAGCGCAUUGCAAGGAACAGGAAUGAUGCUGACCAUUGGUUUGACUAUGGAUCCUUCUGUCUGUACAUCAAUGAUAUUGCAAAGGCUGAGGAGUGCUUCAAGGAGACCAUCUCUAUCAACCAGCAGCAUCUCCACGGUCUGCUGCUCUACGGGGUGGUGUGUGCUAUGGAGGAAGGCAACGAAGCAGCAGAGACUUUCUUCGAGGCUGCUACCUGUGUGGAUCCCUCUAGUAUCUUGGCCUGGAUCAUGCUAGGUCUCUACUAUGAUGGCAUUGACUGCGACAUCCAGGCUGAGUAUGCCUUCAUGGAGGCGCGACGUCUCAACAUGGCUCAUGCUGCUGCCAAGCAGAGAGAGUGUAAGGUGGCAGCCUCUGCAGCUGCUGCUGCAGGCACUGUCAUUGAGGAGGAGGAGGAGGAGGGGGAAGCCUCGCCCCCAGGGGAGGGGGACGACCAACAGUCCGCCCUUGGGGAGGGUGAUGGAUCGAAGAACGGAGAAGAUAUGUCCAGUGAAAAAGGAAGCACUGUCCCAACGGUCAAUAAAAUCCCGGCUACUCCGACCGACGUUUCUAAGACCAAAUCUCCAGCGGUCAAGCCUGCUCCUCCGGCCGCUGCUCAGAAGAAGAGGAUGUCCAUCUCAUCCAAAGACUCAUUGCAGUCUCUUAAUCAAAUUGGCCAGAAAGAUCCGCAGCAGGCCAAGCGAACGACCAGCGCCACCAGCCAGCGAGCGGGCAGCAUCAAGGCCGUCAGUCGGCCGGGCUCUGGGGUGGCUGCUGAACCACAAGCGGAAGGGGAGGAGGAAGGCGCGGUUGCCCAGAAGGAAAGUCCUCCGGUACCGGAGACCACCAUCUUCAUGCUUGCCGUGGAGUUCUUGCUGGAGGUCAAAGGCAUGCAGUUCUGUGAGCGUGCCCUGGCCCAUGAGUUGCUGGACCUGAUGGGUGGACCCACUACGGCCUAUCACGUAGCCCUGGCCAGACUCAAGCUACAGAAGAAAGCCUUGGAGGAAGCCAACGAGAGCCUCAACCAAGCACUGGUCCUAAACUAUCAGGACCCUGAUGCCUGGUCCUUCUUGGGCCAUCUUCGCUACCUCCAGGGUAACUUUGAGGAGGCCAAGGACUGCUACGAGAGGACCCUCUCCUUCGUGACUGACGCCCGGGAGAUGCAUGCCAUCUACCUUCGUCUAGCAUCCAUCUAUUUACAAGAUGGACAGUAUGAUAAAUCCAAGGUAACAUUCCUGCUUGCCUGUAAGAACUCGCCGUCCUGUAUAUCCUGGCUUGGUGUGGGCAUAGCUUGCUUCAGGCUUGGGGAACUGUCAGAGGCGGAAGAUGCCCUCUGCGAGGCCAACAUCCUGAACAACAGCGACCCUGAGGUCUGGGGCUACCUGUCCCUGGUCUGCCUGAGGACCGCCCGCCAGCAGGAGGCAGAGCAAGCCUACAAGUAUGCCCUCAAGGUCGGCCUGGCUGACGAGGGUCUUCUGGAGGAGAUCCACAAGACGCAGGAGGAGGUGGGCUUCGGUAACCCCCAGUUCUGAGUAAGGACAUUGGCUAGUAAUGCCUGUCCUAUUAAAGUGGAAGGUGGUUCUGACUUCUGGAAUCGAUGAAUGAAUGAACAAAUAAUAAGUUAAAAGGUGUUUGGGGAAGGUGGGUUUCGGUAACCCCCAGGUCUGAGUAUAAGGACGUUAGCUAGUAACGCCUGUCCUUUUUAAGUGGAAGGUGGUUCUGACUUCUGGAAUCGAUGGAAUAAAUUAAUGUUUAAUAAGUUAAAGGUGUUUGGGAAAGGUGAGCUUCGGUAAUCCCCAGUUCUAGCUGCAAGGACGUUAGCUAGUAAUGCUUGUCCUAUUUAAGUGGAAGGUGGUUCUGACUUCUGGAGUUGAUGAAUGAAUAAGGAAUCAGUUAAAGUCAUAGGAGGAAGUGGGCUUUGGUAACCCACAGUUCUGGGUAAGGACACUAGGUAGCACCCGUCCGUUCUAAGUGGAAGGUGGUUCUGACUUCUGAAAUCGAUGAACGAAUGAGGGAUGGGUUAAAGUCGUAUUUUGUAAAUACCUGACUCUUAAUGCAGAGAAUGGUAUCUUUUAUUUUGGAAGGGGGGUGUUAUUAGUACCAUGAUUAAAGACUCAUUCAGAUAUGACUCUCUAAACCACUGUAUUUUUUUUGAUGAUGUACAUGUAAUAUUUUUGUAUCUUAUAACACAGAGAUCAGUGAACAUGUGUAGGACCUUUUUUGUUGCGUGCAGUUGUCAUUCAUUUACACAUGUUUAAAAAACAUGGCAGUUUUUUAAAGUUAUUUAUUCAUUAAAGCUGGGGUAAUAAUUUCCAAAUUCGUUAAGGCGCCUUGAGCAUCCCUUGGGGUGGAUAUGUGCGCGUUAUAAACCUUGUUAUUAUUAUUAUUAUUAAUUGAUUAAUUAUUUGGGGGUUACAAUUUAUAGGAUGAAUUUUGAUGUCAAGCAUUAUUUUUACUUCUUUGCAUCUGUGAAUGACCCACCUUUGCAGCAACUGGAUAAUAACUCUCAAAUGCUUAUAUGAAUCUGGUCAAGUUUAAAUUAAUGUGUCUAUUCAUAGGUUCUUGGAAGCACAAAAUGAUCGAUGUUACGAUACCAAUAAUGAUCUAUGUGCGUUUUCAAAACAAUACACAAAAUAACAGAUGCCUUAUAACAGUGUUUUAAACAAGUAGUAUAUGGUUGUGAUCACUUUGUAGUGAAAGUUUUCUUGCGAAUAAAGUUACUUUAAAUUAGGAAAAGAUGAACGACAAAACCAAAAAUAGGGGAAGGGGAAGAAUCAGAGUUAUAAGAAUAUCUUAGAGCAGCCAUUGUAUAUGAGGUUUAAAACUUAUAGCCUUUCGACCUUCACUUUUCUAUCAAAAUUUCAUAUUGUCUUUCAGCAGUGUAUUUUAGAAUACAUCAAGAACAUUUGACUCGUCCUGUCUAUUUCUCCCUACUGGUUUAAGAAUUGUUUCCUCCUCAAAUUUAAUACUGUUGUGAAUGUGCAAAGCAAAUUUCUUAUUCAUCUUUUGAUAAAUUGAUGUUCAAAUGCAUAUGUUUAGUACUGAACUUUGAAAGAAAAUUUAAUUUAUAUUCUAUGCAUUCAAUUUUCUAUUUCCGUCCAAGCCACUUUGUCUUCAUGCAAGCAGUUGCAAGCUAAUAAGUACAAAUUACUGGAGAGAACUUGUAAAUAUAUAUUUGUGUAUUGUUUGUCACCAUGUACAUAAUGUAAACAUGUAUAUAUGCACCAUAAUUACACUAUUAAAAGAUUUAUACAUUGUUGUAGUUCAAAUGAAAUUUGUGAAAGUUUUAAUAAACAUAUUUAAGUGACA